AUGCCUGCGGCCACAGAUGGCCCGACAGUUUCUCUGUCGUUUGCCAAUAAUUUUUGGGGUAAAGAUGACGCCGGAGUUGGGCCAUUGCUUGAUCGCAUGGCUUCUGCGAAGCAGACCAGCGAUGAGCUUAGAUCUUUUUACAGUGCCCGUGCCUCCAUCGAAGAUGAAUAUGCUCGCAAGCUUAUGUCGCUAAGCAAGAAAUCGUUGGGUACCCACGAAAUGGGAAGCCUAAAAGUUUCACUCGAUACCGUACGAGGAGAAGUCGAAUCCAUGGCGAAGCAACAUGCCAGUAUCGCUGCCCAGAUGAAGACCGAGUUAGAGGAGCCGUUGGCUGCGUUUGCUGGAGGAAUGAAAGAGAGGCGCAAGAUUGUCCAAAAUACGGUAGAGAAACUCCUCAAGGUCAAGAUUCAACAAACGAACAUGGUGAAUAAGACUCGUGAUCGAUAUGAGCAGGACUGUUUAAAAAUUAAAGGUUACCUUGCCCAGGGUCACAUGGUUAUGGGACAAGAAGAAAGGAAAAACAAGGCCAGGCUAGAAAAGACACAGAUCAGCCUUGCCACGACUAACGCCGAAUAUGAGAAUGCUGUUAAGGUUCUCGAAGAGACGACUGCUAGGUGGAAUAGGGAGUGGAAAGCCGCCGCCGACAAAUUCCAAGAUCUCGAAGAGGAGAGAUUAGACUUCACCAAGAGCAGUCUAUGGACUUUCGCCAAUAUCGCCUCCACAGUAUGUGUUAGCGAUGACGCCUCGUGCGAAAAGAUCCGCUUGUCUCUCGAAAAGAUGGAUGUAGAAAAUGAUAUCAUCCACUUCAUUAGCGAGAAGGGAACCGGUCAAGAAAUCCCAGACCCGCCAAAGUAUAUCAACUUCUGCCGCGGGGACGUGGAAGACACUCACUCCGAAGCCUCCGAAGAUGAGCAUUACUCGGUAGCACAAUUUCCACGGAGCAUCAAUCCUGCAUUCCGUACAUCUUCUCCCCAACCAUCUACCUUCGAAUCUCAUCAUGACCCUAAUUCUGCCCUCGCUCGAGAUCUAGCACAUCAUGAGCCACCCGCGCCCUCGAAUAGGGAUUUAAUCAUGCCUCCACAAAAGGCUCAAACCUAUGCCAUAGCUCAGCGUGACAGGCGGCGAGGAAGUGUUAUACAGCCACAGCAGUAUCCUCAAAGCAUCAACCCUGGCUUCCGUGCUCCUUCGCCUCAGCCAUCGACGUAUGAAUCUCAUCAUGAUCCCAACUCGGCACUUGCUCGAGAUCUUCAACGCCGCGACCCUAUUCCUCCUGCUGCGCGGGAGGUACAGCGGAAUGAGCCUCCACCUUCGUUCCCCCGAGACACGCAACGUCGUGAGCCCGAACUCUCUCUAAGUAGAGAGGUUCAGCGCCAUGAACCCAUUCCUUCGUACCCUCGGGAAAUACAACGUCGUGAACCUGAUCUCUCUUUGACAAGAGAGAUUCAACGCCGCGAUCCUAACCCUCCCAUGCCCCGAGACAUGCCACGGGAAGUACCCCGAGAAAUGCCUCGAGAGGUUCCUCGGGAGAUGCCUCGUGAGAUAGCUCGUGAGAUUCCUCAAGAAGCUCCCCGAGAAGCACCUCGCGAAAUACAGCGCCACGAACCCGAGCUUGCUCUCACAAGAGAGAUUCAACGUCGUGACCCUAAUCCCCCUGCUCCUCGAGACGUGCAACGCAAUGAUCCUAGUCCCGCAUUCCUUCGAGAUGUACAACGUCAGGAACCAAGUCCCUCCUUCAGUAGAGAACUUCAGCGUCGCGAUACCAACCCUCCUUCUUCCCAGGAUCCACCACAGAAUGAGCCUCCGCCACCUUCUAGCAGAGAGUCGGUCGUAGCACCACAGGCCACCUCAGGGGCUAUCAUGGCUCCACAAGAUCGUCUGAAAGGAAAUAAUGGGGGACAGCCGUAUGAUGCCUCCCAAUUUGCACCGGUGCCCCACGACCCUUACCCUAUGGAUGGUAUGACAAUGCUGUGCCGAACGGAUGGCAUGAAUUCGGCUACAAGUUCGAAUGUGUCAGCACGGCCAUCAAGUGGUGAUGACAAUAGCGAUUUCUCGAACCCGACAUCUCUCUCUAGUCAAGAACCUCCAAGCGGCAAAGUGUCACCAGUUAAGCAGGAACCCGCAGCGGUAGCACAACCAGAAAAGCAGAUGCAAAAGAAGAAGAGUGGAUUCUUCCAGAACCACAGCCCAUUCCGCAGGAAGAGUAUUAAAGAUGUGAGACCGCCCAAUAGAAAUACUUGGGGACCUACAACUUCCCAGGGUACUCUAAGCACACAAGGGACUGUCAGUUCUCGACGCAAUCAAGCCUUUAAACCACCAGAGCCCCAACCUCCGGUAUCUCAGAACCCGAUUACAGAUAUGGUAGACAAGACAGCGAGUCCCGAACCGAUUGAAGCGAAUGCAAGCUUGGCUCUGAACAUUGGACAGAACGUAUUCCCUGUGGCCAACACCGAUAAGAGGAAGCAAACUAGCGAUACCAAUCCACCUCCGCAAGAGGAGCUGGAUCCGAUUGCUCAAGCUCUAGCGGAGCUAAAGGGUGUUGCUAGUAAUAAACAGGCAGUUGGACGAAUCUCAGCAGAUCACUAUCAUGGCCUCGCCACACCUGUACCCGACAGGUCCCAAGCACCGUCUCGUUCCGUGCCUGCGCCCAGAGAAAACAGCGAUGCGGCCGCUGGUAUGAGAGGUACUCCACCGCCAUCAUAUGAUAUGCAGAUUCAAAGGCUUGGUGUUCCGCCUCCGGCUGUUACGUCUAAAGCAAUGCAGGAGGCGUCACGAAAAUAUGUGGAGCAAACCAGAGACAUGUUUAGUGCGAAGCGUCCUGGAUCUGGAGCAUAUAGUGGGACGCAAUCUUUUAGCAAUACUCCUUCUCGGCCGCCGACUAGAGGUAGCGAGAUGCCCCGUGCAGCAUCGCCAGCGCCUACUAGAAGCGCUUCUCCUCGAUCUGGGAUGUACUCCGAAGCACGUCGGUCGGAGACUCGUCAGAGCCAACGAUCAGUGUCGCCAAAUCCUUAUAGUAGCAGCCGACACCGUAACUCAGCUUCGCCUAGUAUGUAUGGCGGUAACCAGCCGCGGAACUCACCACAGGCAGCAUCCCCAAUCUCAUAUAGCGGAACUCAGCGGCGGGGAAAUUCACCACAGCCAGCAUCAUCAAUUUCUUAUAGCUCAACCCAAAGACGGGGCAACUCGCCACAACCGUCGCCUAUUUCAUACAGUGGAACCCAACGGCGAGGAAAUUCGCCGCAGCCGGCAUCUCCAAUUACCUAUAGUGCAACUCAGCGACGAGGAAACUCGCCUCAGCCAGCGUCCCCAAUCUCGUAUGGUGGUUCUCAGCAACGAAACUCUCCGCAACCCAGCAUGUCGAUAAAGCGCGGCUCGGAGCAAGGAUACUACGGGCAUCAGUCGCCGAGCAAUUCUAUGAGGGCAAGGUCCCCAUCCAUUUACAAUAGCGAUUACAAUCGGCCAACUAGUAGGGCUGAAGAGAUGGCUAUGCAACUUGCACCAGUUGGGGACGGGUCCGUGUACGGAUCGAUGCGUAGCAGAGGAAACGGUAGACCCGGUACAAGUUCCAGCUCGCGCGCCAUGACAUUCUACGACGGACGGGAUCCCGUGGCAGAGAGUUCGAGACAGCGGAGCCAGAGCGUGGCAGAUCCGAGCCGGCAGUACACACCAGAAGGCCGCGCCAUUUUACAUUACGCUCGAGCAUUGUAUAUGUACCAGGCAGCAAUUCCGGAGGAGCUUGGAUUUGCCAAGGGAGACAUCCUCGCUGUCCUCCGACACCAGGACGACGGAUGGUGGGAAGCUGAAAUUCAUUCAGGAGCAGGUGAAUACGUAAAAGCCUCGUAUAGAGCUGCAACAUCUCCAACCGCCAAAAGGACAUAUCUCGGCGCUGUAUUGUUCUUCUCGGCGUCCCUAAUACUCUUAUGCAUUGCUGCUUUAGCCUAUCCCAUUUUCUACUACAGCUACGUGCCUAAGAAGGUUAUAUCUCUUCCUCUGCACCUACAAUAUGACUCUGGCCUAAACCCCUAUGGCGUCACCUCAGUCUCCUCGAAUCUCAUGCUCGAACAGGCCUACGAUAUAUCAGUUGAAUUAACCCUGCCGCGAUCGCCUGUCAACCUAGAAAGGGGCAAUUUCAUGGUCACUCUGUUCGGCAUGAAAACGCAGCCAGAAAACCCGGCAUUCACUUACUAUUUCUCGGGGGAACACCCCUUCUCGCAUGUGAAAGAAGAUACGGUGGUCUUCAUGAGCCGCCGGCCCGCCCUGAUCCCGUACACAGACCCGCUCGUGAAAACAGCGUCGCGAAUCCUAUUUCUGCCUUACUACUUACUAUAUCCCAGCGCGUCGGAGAUGACAACGCUUAGAAUUCCGAUGGGCGAGUUCGUCGAGUUCAGCAAAAUCCUCCCGCUGAGCAUCCUGGUGGAAGUUCAAGCCGGCCAGGAACUCCAGGUGUAUUCGGCUACAGUCACUCUCGUCGCCCGCCUAACGGGUAUUCGCUGGGCCAUGUAUAAUCACCGCAUCAUCUCGUUUCUGGUCUCCACGGCAGUUUUCUGGAUAGCCGAGAUGCUAUCUACAGGACUGGCGUGGCUUAUCUUGAGCUCCUUCGUAUUUAGCCAAGAACCCGAGGGGCCUGGAGAUAAGCAGAAUGCCAGACCUGGAGGUGAUCGUUGGAUGGGACCACCGCCUGGCCGCGCCGCAAUAUUCGACGGCGGAGCGGGAGACUCUCAAAGCGAGGAAGAGGUAGUAAUUAAGAAAGAGGAGGACGAUGAUGACGAUGACGAUGUGGAUAUCAAAGAGGAAACGCCGGGACGAGAAACAUUGGUAGAUCAACCAGCAGACGACGAGGAAGAUGGGGAGGAUGUCUGGAGGGGUGCAGGUGCGGGAACUAGUUCGGGUUAUGAGAAAGGGCGUAGUGGUAUUCGAAGACGAUUAUCGCGAGGAAGUCGAUCUUGA